AUGGCGUCCAAACAGGCGUCCUCACGGCUGCGCAAAGAGAUCAAGGCGAUCAGCGAGGAUCCGGCGCCCCACAUCCACGUCUCUGUGGAGGAGUCCAACAUCUUGGAGUGGCACUACGUCUUGGAGGGGCCAAAGGACGCGGACAUGCAUUACAAGGUUGAGUCGGAAACGUCUCUCGGACCGGACGGAUCCCAAGGUAUUGCCUUUGCGUCGGCCUUCAAGCUUGCAAAGUAA